CACGCACGGCUCCUCACGCACGGCUCCUCACGCACGGCUCUUCCUGCUGCUCGUCGCUUCAUGGUGACACCUCAGCUCCUCGACGCACCUGAGACACCGGAAGCGACCCGAGUGUCGAGUCCUGUCCAGCAUCCGGGACCUGCUCCUGUGUUUGUUCGCUUCCUGGACGAUGAGCUCAUCCACCUGCACGUCCAGCUGACCUGAGGUCAGGACCCAUGGAGACGCCUCUGAACCCGUUCACCUCGUCCCCACUGGAGACCAGUUCGACUCCAGACGAUGGCUGGAGUCGAGACACGAGGCUGGAGAGGAGGUGGAUCCUCUGGCACCAGUUCAUGAAGGACCACGCCCACCUGGACGCUUGGCUGCGAUUGGCUGAGCAGGCCGUCAGUUCCCCAAACGCCCCCCCAGUCACCUACUCUGCCGCCAAAAAAGAUCUGAGGACGUUUGAGAGGCUGCGGCGCGAAGCCGGACCUCAGCUCGUCCAGGUGGACGGCCUGACCCUCAGGAAUCGAACGCUGACCCGACUGUUCACCGGCGCCAUGCGGGCCCGGCUGCUGGCGGCGGCGAGGGAGUGUGGGCCACGAUGGGACGAGGUCAACGCCAAACUGGAGACGGUCACAGCACGGCUGAAGCUCUUCAUCUCAGAGUGGGAGGAGUUUGAGACGGAGAGGGAGGAGCUUGCUCUGUGGUUGGCCAACCUAGACGUCCGUCUGACUGCGGUCGAUCACCUGAAAGGAAACAGCUGUGAGAAGCUGAGACGCCUGCAGUCCUUCCAGCAGUGUGUGUGUGAGAACUCGGGUCGUGUGAACGCCCUCCUGCGGCGCGGCGAGCUGUUGAUCCAACGCAGUGAGACGAGCGACUCUCAGCGAGUAGAGAGACGCCUGCUGGAGCUGCUGCGCCACUGCAGCGACGUGUACAGCAACAUCGCACGGACACACACACGACUGCUUAGCAUGAGACUGGUGUUUGAGGACGACUGGAUUCUGGCCACAGACUCAGGUUGUCCAUCAGAGUCUCUGUUAGAGGACGAGGGAGCGCUUGAUAACUCUCACCUGGACGUCCCUGAAGGUUUUAACCGUCCUAGAGAUUUCGGCCAAUCAGCUCAUCCCACACUGACCUCCCCCGUCCACCACCCGCCUCCUCCUCCGUCCUUUCCUACCAAUGAGCACCUGGGACUGGAGUGGGACCCCUCUGUUGAUAUCGGACGCUCUGUUUCCUGUGAGGACGGCGACUCGUCCUCCUUCAGCGUCGGGACAGGAGACGUCCUAAAGAGGUGGAGCUUCUUUAGUUCGCGCAGCUGUCCGUCUGACAUCAGCAGUGACAUCACAAACCAGGAAGAAGACUUGCUUCCGGCGUGGCAGGACCACACCCACCCCGCGACCCAGGAGGAGGAGCUACAGCCGAGCGACCACCAGUGGGCGACCUCGACGCCUGACGGGCAGGAUAGCGAUCCGAUCAGCUUCGAUGGCGGCCGAGUGAGGGCGUGGCUGGGAGUUCGGAGCCCCGCCCCUCCAGAGAGGAGGACUUCCUGUUCCAAAGCUGUGCAGACGGACGAGAACUCUGUGUUUCAGGCUGAUGAAGAAUCGUCCUGUUGUGAAGAAGAGGAGCGCAGUUUGUCCAAACUCAGAGUGACGUCCAGCACCUCCUCCUCCCCGACCCUCCUCUUCCUCCUCCUGGCUGCAGCUCUGGCCCUGCUGGCCGGUCUCACCUGGGUCCUCCAGGACUCUCCGUGCCACCGGAGCGACCGGACGCCGCGGAGCUUCCACCUGGCGCUGAGAUAUGUCAACGGGCCCCCCCCCACCUGAACACCAGCUCGGGGGUGUGAACCAAGCACCUUCCCCUCGGGGUCGACAGGUCAGGGGUUUGAAACUCACCGUGUCCAGUAGAACAUUUGUGCGUUUCAAUGCUCGCACAUGAAAAACAAUCAGCUCAGUUCAGAUCCUCCUUCUCUCAUCUGGUCGGGUCAAAUCUUUAAAGAGGUGAAGAUAUAAAAGUUGUUCCUUCCAGACGCUGAGAGAAGAUCUUUGUCACGUCUCUUGUUCUUCACACAGCGUUAAAAGAUUUUAAAUAUGAAAACAUUUGGAUUCUCCUGCUGCCAAACUGAAUUUAUAGAGUUUCUUCUUCGGUGCAGAGCGUGUGCCUGUAGCCGAAUCCCUCCGGCAGAACCUGUCAAAUGUAAUGAUGCAUUUUGUGCGUCAGGGAAAAAGCUUGUUCAGAGAGUUGUGUACCCGCCUGACGCUGCAGCACGUUAAUGGAGCUUCAGCGACUGAAACAGUUUUUAAAUCUAAUCUGAGUCGUCCCUGAAGGACUCGCUGUGAAGUCGAGAGAAGUCAUCAGAGAAACAGUGAGAGAAGAAAUACAAGUCACAGCCAGUUACAUUAAAGUCCCACGGACACUGAAUACAUCCUGGAGCGUAUAUACUUCAUACAUACUUCAUAUAUAUGAACACAAUAUUUUGUACAACGUUUUAUAUUCACUUCAUAAAAUGACUCGCAGUGAAAUGUUGAAGUCAAUUCAGAAAUCAAACUCAUCGUGUGUGUGUGUGUGUGUGUGUGUGUGUGUGUGUGUGUGGGGGGGGGGGUGUGUGUGAAAUUUGAUAACGUGGAAAGGGUCGUGAUCAUUUCAUUUAGUUUUUGAACUUUGUAAUGUGACGUUAAACAAAGUGCAGGUUGUUGAGUUGUGUUUUGAACGGAUCAGCUGAUCUGACAUCAGUUUGAGACUGAUCUAUGUGAUGUAGAUCUACGUUUACAUCAACUAUCACUUCGACCUGAAGCAGCAAGAAAAUCCAUGAAAAGAAAAACGCUUCUCUUCAGUUUCUGCAGCGUCACAUCCCUUGUUUUACCAAAUACAUUAUUAUGAACUGAAUAUGUAUUUGUUUUUUACAUUUGUUUGAAGAUAUUUAAUAAAAUAAAUUGAAGAUUCAUGUUUUCUA